AAUACGAAGCAACCAACAACACACACUAAUUCCGUCAAUAGCAAAUCAAAGCAAUAAAAACCAACACUCAUCAUCAUGAAUUUGAAAUCCAAAUUCCCAGUUUCCAUUAAAUAAAGACAGUCCAAACAUUGAAGCAAUGUCGUAAUUUAGUAAAUUAGAGUUCAAGUACAACUAGAUAGAUACGCAGUUUACAUAGUUUUCGCCUGCGCCAAACCAAUGGUAAUUUUUAAUUACCGAAAGCUGCACUUCAUCCAAUAAAUUAGUGGUGCUGGUGGUGGGGGUUUUUAUAGGGGAAUUUUAGCUCUGAAAUUACGCUCCCUUAAAGGUGAGCGUAGUUUCAGGCGUCAAAGGCCGUCAAAAUUCUCAAACGACUAGGAGGAAUUAUGGGAACCAACGCCUCGCAGUUGGAAAAAGAGAUCGGAAUGGAGUUCCCACCAAAUGAACGAUUUUUUGGUCUCGCCAACUUCGGAAACACCUGCUACAGCAAUUCCGUGCUGCAGGCGUUGUAUUUCUGUAAACCGUUUCGAGAGAAAGUAUUAGAGUAUAAGGCCAAGAAUAAGCGACCAAAGGAAACGCUGUUAUCCUGCCUGGCCGACCUGUUCUACACGAUUACUACGCAAAAGAAGAAGGUUGGGUCUAUUGCGCCCAAAAAGUUUAUUGCCAGACUACGCAAGGAGAAAGAAGAGUUUGAUAAUUACCUUCAACAGGAUGCUCACGAAUUUUUAAACUUUUUAAUUAAUCGCAUCAAUGAAAUAAUUUUGGCUGAACGUCAGACGCAGACGACAAAGAAACCUGGGUCUGAAAAUGACUCAAAAGGGCAAGAACCGACCUGGGUACAUGAAAUAUUUCAAGGUAUUUUGACUAGUGAGACGAGAUGCCUCAAUUGUGAAACUGUGAGUAGUAAAGAUGAAGACUUUUUGGACUUGCAAGUAGAUAUUGACCAAAAUACCAGUAUCACGCAUUGUCUUCGGUGCUUUAGCAACACAGAAAUGUUGUGUGGAGAUAACAAAUUUAAAUGCGACAACUGUUGCAGUUAUCAAGAAGCGCAGAAACGCAUGCGAGUAAAGAAACUUCCCGUCAUACUGGCUCUCCAUUUAAAACGUUUCAAAUAUGUUGAACAGUAUAAUAGGCAUAUUAAGGUUUCACAUCGUGUCGUAUUUCCCCUUGAGCUUCGUCUCUUCAAUACAUCUGACGACGCUGUCAAUCCAGAUCGACUCUAUGACCUGGUAGCCGUAGUCAUUCACUGUGGCAGUGGACCAAAUCGAGGUCACUACAUUAGCAUAGUGAAAAGUCAUGGAUUUUGGCUCCUAUUUGAUGAUGACAUGGUUGACAAAAUCGAUGCCUCAGCAAUAGAAGAUUUUUAUGGACUCACGUCGAACGUUCAAAAGUCCUCCGAGACGGGUUAUAUAUUAUUCUACCAGUCCAAAGACUGCACCGGAUAAAAGACAACCUACUCCUGCUUUCACCUUUCCUUAUUAAUUCUUCCUCCUCCUCACGACUACUUUGACCAACUUUGUCCACCAUCCAUUAUCAUAACGCUAUCUUUUAAAAGAACCCCGUGCAACUGUUUUAACUCUCGUAUAAUUAAUUGUAUUUUUACGACAUAAUAUUCGACAGGUUUACUCAAAAUUAUAAACAGAGGGCUAUUAUAGAAUCUGCAGAAUAGUUACUUGAUGAAUUCGAUCAGAAUGUACCCCUCUUAAAACACCAAAUUAUAGUUUUUGUUGAAAGACGAAUAAUGAAUAAAUCAUAAUCCUUCUAUAUGCAA